AUGCAGAGAACCCCUUCUGAACUUCCCACCAAGCGCCAUGAAGGUCAAGGUGACUUUCCCAACAUACCCAAUUUCCGCGACGUUGGCGUAACUGUCAACAAUUGGGCCAAUCGCAAAAUUUUGAAAGAAGGCGUUCUGUAUCGCUCUGCCGCUAUCGAAUAUGCCUCUCCCAUUGACCGGGAGCUCCUCAGAGAUAAUCUAGGGAUUCGAACCAUCCUGGACUUGAGACUUGAAUCAGAGCGAUUCACUGCGCAUGUGCAUGCGCAUGCACAACCGGAAGUCAAACCAGAUGUUUCCUCUAUCACUGGCAUCCAAUACAAAUCGGUCAACCUGGUCGGAAAGGACACCAAGAGAUAUUUACUUCAGCUGCUCAGCUGGGUCAGUUGGCUACGGUUUUGCCUUCUCUACUACAUCUUGAGAGACCACAUGGCAGCCAAGCGAAUCCUGAGCAAAGAGCUAUUGCAAAAACGUGGGAUGAAUGGGUUCUUGAUCGAUAUUUUAGACCAUGGCAAAGCUCAAGUGGUGGAGGCACUGCGGGCGUUGGUUGAUCCGCCAACGUCGACGCCGAUCCUGAUACAUUGCGUGCAUGGCAAAGACAGGACGGGCCUAAUCACGAUCAUCAUCCUCCUGGCCUUGAAUGUUCCUCCAGACGCAAUCGCCCACGACUACCAUCUUUCCGACGAAUGUCUGGCCACACAGCGCAGAAACAUCAACAAGUACAUGGAGGCCCGUGGGCUCGAUCUGAGUUUUGCCACAACGUGUGAAGGCCUUGUUGAAGAACUGAAUUCACACAUCCGUCGGGCGUACGGAGGAAUUGAGGGAUAUCUCAGCUCCAUCGGCUUUACUGCUGCGGAGACUCGUCAAUUGCGACAGUGCCUUGCUGCUUGA